AUGGCUAAUAUGAUUGCUAUUCUCACUGAUGUAAUUUUGCCUUUUUAUAAAUAUGUAAUGGAAAUGUUUGAUUUAAAUAUUUUCUCUGGCAUUGGCUUAAUAAUGAUAUUGUUUAGUGUUCUUAUUUAAAAAAUAGAAAAUAUUUCUCACGAUUAAAGUGGAGUUGAUCAUGUUGAGUAAUCUAUAACUAGAAAAAAAAGUAGUUAAUUUAGAAGAAAACAAUCCGAUGUAAUUAUUGAUUAAAUGAUAAAAAAAUCAUCUAUGAUUUCACAACAAAUCGGAUAUUUCGUUUUAGAUAAAGAAGAUGCCCUUGAUGACAAAAAGAAUCCUUAUUCUUCGCAUUCAUUACUUGAAAUAAACAAUAGAGCAAAAUUAUUAGAAAAUUUAUAAAAUUGA